AUGGGAGACCUGCCCACGCUGGAGGUAGUACCCAAGGGAAGGCAGCCAGUGCUGGAAGCCAGCUGGCACGGGAUGCUGCGGCUGCUGGCGAACGCCCGCGAGCGCACCCGCGUCCACACCAUCAGCGCCGCCUUCGAGGCGCUCCGCAAGCAGGUUCCCUGCUACUCCUACGGACAGAAAUUAUCCAAGCUGGCCAUCCUCAGGAUAGCGUGUAACUAUAUCCUCUCCCUGGCCAGACUGGCUGACCUGGAUUACAGCGCUGACCACCGUAACAUGAGCUUCUCGGAAUGCGUGGAGCAAUGCACCCGGACCCUACAGGCAGAGGGGAGGUCUAAAAAGAGGAAGGUCGCCUGGGGUGCACCAGCCAGGACAGCCCACCUCCUUGCUCCCAGCCGCAGCACCCCUUUGCAAGCAGCAGCCACGCUCCUCACGUCCAUGGGCAGAAGGAGUGGCAUCCGAGUCUUGAGCGUGAAGCUUCAGCCCCACCACCGGGUGGCUGGCCCAGUCCUCCAAUCUGGUAGCCAAGCAGAGCACCACUAGCUGAUCAGGUCUCAAAGAAACAGAAGUCACAUUAAUAAUGCACCGCAUCCUUCGGGGUACUUAAACCCAGGGCUAGUGAGCCGAAAGGAUCCUCAAACGGCAUUAAAGAGGAAACGAAGCGUUCUGCCAGUAGCCCUCCUGGAAGGUGACGUGGAUAAAUUAGAAGCAAGACUGAUGCCUGGGCUCAGACUUUCAUGACAAAAAGAGAUUGGUAAACUUCAAGUGAACUUCCUGUCUGGAGUCGGGACUGAGCCUUCAUGCAUGGCCAUAAAUCAGCUGCAUCGUAAGGGACACACAGAAUGGCCAGUUCAGCCCCGCAGUGUCCUUUCUGUUUACCUGCUUUCUUAACACACCAAAUUCUAGUUCAGUUACAGGAACACUGAUAGUCUUUCCUUCCUUCUUUCCUGCCAGGGGCUCUGGCUCAUGUGGAAGCUGGGUCCUUCCCAUAUGCGGGUUUUCUUUCUUUAAGGUGCAUACCCUUAGAGAAGAAGGGUGGGAAGGGGUAUUUAACUCUUAAUACACCAUCUCAAAGUA